AAAAACGAAUUCGUGACCAAAAAACCCUCAUAUGCUUCACCCUCGCACUGCAUUCCUCUCCGUUCUACUAGAAAGCCAGGAAAUCUGAAACCAACGCCAACAACAAGGUGAUACUUAAAAAGACUAAAAAGCCAAAACAAAAAAAGAAUUGCAAAAUUGACAUGGCAUUAAGACUUUCGUCGGUUGUCUCAUCCACAGUGGUUCGUCGGAGACUGCCUCUGGUAGGUGCUUUUUGUGUGCUCAGUUUCGGCCUUUCGAAUCUCUGCUCUAUUUGUCUCCCCUCUCAUACGGGUUUCGCUCAGUCGCUCCCCUCUGUUCUUCUUUUACGAUCAAGAUUUAGUGCGCAAACACGUAAGAACGCUCAUACGAUAAGAAUGGAAACAGAUAAGACGACUGUGCCCAGCAUUGUUGUGUAUGUUACGGUUCCGAACAAGGAAGCAGGGAAAAAACUGGCAGAAAGCAUAGUCAAAGAGCGGCUUGCAGCAUGUGUUAACCGAGUACCAGGUGUUGAAUCAGUUUAUGAGUGGAAGGGAGAGAUACAAACCGAUUCCGAGGAGCUGCUUAUAAUAAAAACUAGAGAGUCCCUUCUAGAAGCUCUAACACAGCAUGUGAAGGCAAAUCAUGAAUACGAGGUGCCUGAGGUGAUUGCGUUACCCAUAACUGGUGGCAAUUCACAGUAUCUGGAGUGGAUAAAGAACAGUACAAAGGACUAAAGAAGGUCAGGGGCGAUAUGGGAAUCGGAUUAUAUUAAAUUUCGUCUCUCGAAAAUCAUGUGUUUUCAUUGCACAUUGUAACAGUUAAUAAUUUGCGAAGGUCGUUAAGCAUUAUCGGAUUUUCGUUGAUAUUUUUUACUGAUAAAGAAGAAACCCAACCAAAGUAGAAUCUCGAUAAAUUAAUAGCAAUCACUUAAAUAAUAAUUUCUUCUGGUCCUGACUCGGUGUAAAUACACUAAAUUAUUAGUUCGAUAAUUUAAUAUUUCGUUAAA